AUGUGGGGUGGCGAUGAAGUAGAAGAAGCAGCAGCGAAGCAGAAGAAGAAUCAAACGCGGAAGACGAAGGCGAUGAAUUUGACUCGCACCCAGCGAUGCGGCGUUUGCGAGGGGUGCUUGGCGAAGCCGUGCGGCAAGUGUGUGUAUUGUAAGGACAACCCUCAGUUCGGUGGUCCGGGCGUCAAGAAACAGUCGUGCGUCACGCGUCGGUGUUUGAAGGUAUUGGAGGUGAAGCUGCAGCGCGAGAUGCUCAGCAAUCGCCUGCGGUGUGGCUGUGGCAAGUGCAACGACUGUCUGUCCCCCGAUUGCGGCUCGUGCCUCAUCUGUAUGGACAAACGCUUCUUCAACGGUCAUUUCAUACCGGGCGCCAUCUGCGCCAAAAAGAAGUGCAGUAACUCGCGCAGCUUCGUCCCUAGUCAUUCGCAGCAUCCGUCACCGUCAUCCAGGUCAUCGUCGGUCGCCGAUGGUCACCAUGGACGUUACUCUGCUACUGCUUCGGCCAUCGGCCGAAAGAGGGCCCGGUCCGAGGUGUUACCUCCGCCCCCGCAGAUGCUUAACGGCUGUUUCUUCGACGAUUCGGGCGGUGGUAGUGAUCAGUCGUCGACCGCCCCGUGCACCAUUUCGUCCUCGUCGUCGCUGUCGCUUAUUGGUUGUGGUGUCGAUGGCGGUGGGAAGAGCAGGAAAAAUACGGGCACGUUGAAUAAUAACAACAGUAGCAGCCCAUCUCCGUUCUUUAUCAUGAGCAACGGGGCCCGCGGAAAGUUCUUCCCCCCGAAAGUGCCCGAUGGCAAUGGACCCGGUGGCGAUGGGCGUUUCGUGGCGGCAACCGAGGAUGAGUUCUCUCCUCCCGGACCACCACCUCCUCACCACUUCGGCCUGCCGCUCCCGCCGCACUCCAGCGUCGUCAUGGACCCUUCUGUUGCCGCCAAAUCUGCCGCCGCCACCGACUUCCUGUAUAAAGACUUCAGUGAUACGGUGCCUUGUUCGACACUCUGCAGUGUCUAUCCGGCUGUGCCUGUCGUGGUGGAUUCGACGACCGCGGCGGUGGUCAACAACGCACAUCUACUGCAGUCUUCGAAGCAUCUGAAGUUGUGUGAAACGUUCAGUCCUGUAGCCGGCGCCGCCAACCCAUGGCCUUUUCCGUUCUCCACCUCGACGGCGUGCGAAAGCGUCUGCAAAAUCGUCGCCACCUCUUCCUCGCCCUGCUCCGCUGCUUCCUCUUCAUCAUUGUCAUCGUCCUCGUCGUUGUCAUUGUCAUCAAGUGCCUCGGCGGACUGCUCCCGAUAUGGCGCCUCCGUACCUCGAUAUGCGUGUUGUGCGGAAAAAGUCGGUGGCGAUUACAAGACUGGUGUUGUCGGUGACAGUUCGUCGUAUCUUCCGUCGAUCAUCACCGCUCCGAUGGCUCCAUUAGGUCAACAGCAAGUUGUCUUGCAACAGCUGUGA